CAGUUAACUCAGUGGCUGCUGUGGAAAGAGCAACUGAGGGUUGUCGCUUGCCUUUCCUUCCUGAACUGCCUGCCAAGCCCUGGCCAAAAGCCUCCAUGCCAGAAGAUGCACAGACCUGGAUGAAGAAUGACACCCAAGGGCAUUGGCUCCAGCCUUGUUUUACCAUCCACAGCCGCUGCUCUCGCUUCUCCAUUGAGCACCUAGGCAAGCUGGAUGCGCGCCUUCCGGAACCUGCGCCGCCGACCUUCGAAAAGACCGUUAACUUCGUUGGCGUCCGUUCUUCCUUUGCUUUAGCGGCCAGAGGGAUACGCUACUUUUUUGGGGAAUGGCAAGUUUUGGACUUUCCUUGCUUAGGAAGCCUUGGGCGAAUUUCUACAGGAUGGGGGUGAUGUUGCAUGCCUAGCCACGAGAGGGAUUUGCUCAUUGGUUUCCUUUUGUUUACGAUGGAAUUCAGAAACGUCUCCCACGACUGAAUUUCGACUGAAUUAGGAAAAUCAAAGAAGAAGAAGAAACCUCCGGUUCAACUGAAAAGGGCGCCCGCCGGAUAUUCUAUAUAGCUUAGGACUUGCUGUGCCGUUCUUUCUCACCCCUUUUUUUACUCGGCGCUCGAGCGGAUUGGAACGCUUUUGGCGCCAGCGCCGCCGCCGCCGCCUCCUCGCCCAUCGCAGGUGGCGGCGGCGCUUCGCUGAGGGAAAAAGAAGACAGCGCAGCCGCCUUGCUUGCUUUCCCGCCUGCCCGCCCCAGCCGGCCUCGGGAGCAGCAGCAGUAGGCGCGCGCGCUCCUGCCGGCGAAGGGAGGAGAGGCGAGGAAAGCGAAGGGAGCGCGGCGGCGGCGGCGGCGGCGGCGGCGCCGGCUGUCACAGUAGCAUCUCGAGCGGGGCAAGGCUGCCGAGCUGAGGUGGCACUAGAGAGCGCCGCUGCCGACCCUGCCGUGAGACUAAGGCAGUGGGGAGAGCGAUUCAGCCAGACGUCAGCCUCGGCUAGAGAAAGCGCCGGCCUCUCGGAGCACGCCAGCGUGUGAAAGAGCUUGCCUCGCUCGGAGCGUUUGCCGAAGCACGCGAGUUUCGCAGUCAAAGAGGGAGGCGGCGGCGAAAAGGACGCGGCGGCGGUGGCGGCGGCGGCAGCAGCGGUGGCACGGCAAGAUGCUGCAAUUGGGCAAGGUCAGGACCUUGCAUUGAAGCAGCCCGGGGGGCGCGCAGCCACCUCCUUCCAGCCCACCUUGAGGAUUUGCCUUUUGUUGUUGGUAUAUGCUCGGGAAGCAGCAAGCAAGGGCGACGGCGUUGGGAGCUAUGCCUGUUCCAGAUCAGCCAUCGUCAUCUGACAAGACAAGUUCCCUUAGCCCCGUGUUGAAUACAUCCAAUGGAGAUGGAUCUGAAACAGAAACCACGUCUGCCAUUCUGGCAUCAGUCAAAGAACAAGAGUUACAGUUUGAAAGACUUACAAGAGAACUUGAGGCUGAACGUCAGAUUGUAGCCAGCCAGCUGGAGAGAUGUAAACUUGGAUCUGAGACUGGAAGCAUGAACAGCAUUAGUUCAGCUGAAGAACAAUUUCACUGGCAAACACAAGAUGGUCAAAAGGAUAUAGAAGAUGAGCUUACAACUGGUCUUGAACUUGUGGACUCUUGUAUUAGAUCUCUACAAGAAUCAGGAAUACUUGAUCCACAGGAUUAUUCAACUAGUGAAAGGCCCAGCCUUCUAUCCCAGAGUGCACUUCAGCUUAAUUCCAAAUCGGAAGGAUCUUUCCAAUAUCCAUCAAGCUACCACAGCAACCAGACCCUGGCCCUCGGAGAAGGAACAGCAUCCCAGCUCCCAGCCCGCAGCAGUCAAGCUAGAGCUUUACAGAAUUAUGGUCAGGGCACUACUGGCCGGACUGCCCACCUUGCCACUUCGGAGCCGCCGCCACCGCCGUCGCAGCCGCUACCCCGGGAGACCUUCGCGCCCAGCCAUGGCAGCGCUUUCCACUUGCCAGACUCCUCCUCCUCCUCCUCACAGCAGCCCCAUUCGCCGGCCCUCUACUACUCCAGCUCCACGCUGCCGGCGCAGAGAGUGAGCUCGCCCUUGUCCAUGCAGCAGGUGGGCUCGCCUACCAAGCUCCAGCGGGCGGGCUCCGCCUCCGAGAGCGGCGGCGGCUACGGCACCACACAGCGGGUUUCCUCUCCCAAGCAGUCGCCCAGUCGCCUCGCCAAGUCCUACAGCACCAGCUCGCCCAUCAACAUCGUCGUCUCCUCGGCGGGGCUCUCGCCUUCCCCGAUCCGGGUCACUUCCCCUCCCACCAUCCAGUCCAACAUCUCCUCUCCCAUUCAUCAGCUGAGCUCCACGAUCGGCACCUACGCGACUCUCUCGCCCACCAAGAGGUUGGUCCACCCUUCCGAGCAGUACGGCAAACACUCCCAGGAACUAUAUGCCACGGCCACUUUGCAGAGACCCGGAAGCCUAGCAGCUGGAUCCCGGGCUUCAUACACAAGUCAGCACAGCCACCUGGGCUCAGAACUAAGGGCACUACAAUCUCCAGAGCAUCACAUAGAUCCUAUUUAUGAGGACAGAGUGUAUCAGAAGCCCCCUAUGAGGAGUCUCAGCCAGAGUCAGGGAGACCCUCUUCAACCAGCACAUACAGGCACAUAUCGCACUAGCACAGACCUGGUUAACCAUUUCUGUGAACAGGUCCUCAAUUUUUUACUUUGUCCCUACUUUCCUGUCGUAGCCCCAUCUUCCCCUGGUGUCGACUCCGUACCCUUACAGCGCACAGGCAGUCAACUCGCCACACAGAAUGCAUCAGCGACCUUCCAGAGGGCCAGCUAUGCUGCCGCCCCUGCCUCCAAUUACGCAGAUCCCUACCGACAGCUGCAGUAUUGUCCUUCUGUUGAAUCACCAUACAGCAAAUCUGGACCAGCCAUCCCACCUGAGGGAACCUUGGCUAGGUCACCUUCUAUUGAUAGCAUUCAGAAAGAUCCCAGAUCUUUCAUGAACACUUUUUCCUGGAUGAAGGUUGCCUCCAAUAAGAUUUCAAAUACGCAUUCAAAUGUAGAGUUUGGAUGGCGAGAUCCGGAACUACCGGAAGUUAUUCAGAUGUUACAGCAUCAGUUCCCCUCUGUACAGUCUAAUGCUGCUGCUUAUUUACAACAUUUAUGCUUUGGAGAUAAUAAGAUAAAAGCUGAGAUAAGAAGACAAGGAGGAAUACAAUUACUGGUGGAUCUAUUGGACCAUCGAAUGACAGAAGUCCACCGUAGUGCCUGUGGGGCUCUGAGGAACUUGGUAUAUGGGAAGGCUAAUGAUGACAACAAAAUUGCUUUGAAAAACUGUGGGGGUAUUCCAGCACUAGUACGGUUACUCCGAAAGACUACAGAUUUGGAAAUCAGAGAACUGGUCACAGGAGUUCUCUGGAAUCUGUCUUCUUGUGAUGCACUGAAAAUGCCAAUUAUCCAGGAUGCUCUAGCAGUGUUGACCAAUGCAGUGAUCAUUCCUCAUUCUGGGUGGGAAAAUUCCCCCCUUCAGGAUGACCACAAAAUUCAACUUCAUUCAUCACAGGUGCUGCGCAAUGCCACUGGGUGCCUAAGGAAUGUCAGCUCUGCUGGAGAAGAAGCUCGGAGAAGAAUGAGAGAAUGUGAUGGACUUACUGAUGCAUUGCUUUAUGUGAUUCAGUCUGCUCUAGGAAGCAGUGAAAUUGAUAGCAAGACCGUUGAAAACUGUGUGUGCAUUUUAAGGAACCUCUCAUAUAGACUUGCUGCAGAAACAUCUCAGGGACAGCAAAUGGGGACUGAUGAACUUGAUGGUUUACUUUGUGGUGAUGCCAAUGGGAAAGAUGCUGAAAGUUCUGGAUGCUGGGGCAAGAAAAAGAAGAAAAAGAAAUCUCAAGAUCAGUGGGAUGGAGUUGGCCCUCUCCCUGACUGUGCAGAACCACCAAAAGGAAUCCAGAUGCUAUGGCACCCAUCCAUAGUCAAACCCUACCUCACACUUCUCUCUGAGUGCUCAAAUCCAGAUACACUGGAAGGUGCAGCUGGUGCGCUACAAAAUUUGGCUGCAGGUAGCUGGAAGUGGUCGGUAUAUAUACGUGCUGCAGUACGGAAAGAAAAAGGCCUGCCUAUACUAGUAGAACUUCUUCGAAUAGACAAUGAUCGGGUGGUAUGUGCGGUUGCAACAGCUUUACGGAAUAUGGCCUUAGAUGUCCGAAAUAAAGAACUAAUAGGCAAGUAUGCCAUGCGGGACCUGGUUCACCGGCUUCCAGGAGGCAACAACAGUAACAAUUCAGCAAGCAAGACCAUGUCUGAUGAUACCGUAACUGCCAUUUGCUGCACCUUGCAUGAAGUCAUCACAAAAAAUAUGGAAAAUGCCAAGGCCUUACGGGAUGCAGGAGGAAUUGAGAAACUUGUUGGCAUUUCCAAAAGUAAAGGAGACAAGCACUCACCAAAAGUAGUGAAGGCAGCAUCUCAGGUCUUAAAUAGCAUGUGGCAAUACAGAGAUCUGAGAAGUCUAUACAAAAAGCGGGUGGCCCCAGACUUCAGAGUGGCUGAGGACAGAGGAUUUUCACCUACCCAUCAUUCUGAGUCAUGGCACGCUCAGCAUUCCCUCUCCCAGAACCAAGAAACCAGAAUCUAUUCCCAGACCCAGGAUGGAUGGUCACAGUAUCAUUUUGUAGCUUCAUCAUCAACGAUAGAGAGGGAUAGGCAAAGACCAUAUUCUUCCUCACGCACACCUUCCAUCUCUCCAGUGCGCAUGUCUCCCAACAAUCGUUCAGAUGGACUUAUCCAGCAAUCUGACACAUUGUCUGGCCCUAGAGGAAAACCUAAGACCUUACAGAAGGCCAGUAGACCAACAGGGCCUGAAGCAGUACUUUACAUUCAACCAAGCAAUUCAGCAAGUGCCCCAGCCUCCCCUCGGGAAAUGAUCAGUUUAAAAGAAAGAAAAACAGAUUAUGAGUCAACCGGAACAAAUGCUACUUACCAUGGGAAUAAAGGGGAGCAUACUUCUAGAAAAGACACCAUGACAGGUCAGAAUUCUGGACUCUCUACUUUGUAUAGAAAUUCUUACGGUGCACCUGCUGAAGACAUCAAACACAACCAAGUUUCAACACAGCCAGUCCCACAGGAGCCCACAAGAAAGGAAUACGAACCAUAUCAGCCAUUUCAAAAUUCAUCAAGAAACUAUGAUGAGUCCUUCUUUGAAGAUCAAGUGCAUCAUCGCCCACCUGCCAGCGAGUACAAUAUGCACCUGGGGCUCAAGUCCACUGGCAACUACGUUGAUUUCUACUCUGCUGCUCGGCCCUAUAGUGAACUCAAUUAUGAAACAAGCCACUAUCCAGCCUCUCCAGAUUCCUGGGUUUGAGUUUUGGGCAAGAAAAAAAGAAGAGGUCCAGGAACUGUGCAUGUGCAUGCAUAUCACAAGACAUUCUUUUCCUGCAAAUUUAGUUUGUUAAAGCCUGUUCCGUAGGAAGGCCCUAAUACUCAAUCUGGAACAAUUAAGGUAUCUUUAGAUGGCUAAAAGAAUGGGAAACUAAGCGCGGGAGUGUUAUUAGAAAGAGUGGGAUGUGUAUCUAUUUCUGUAUCUAUAGAAUCCUAUCUCUUAAAUAUAGAUAUAGAAAUAUACUGGGGGGGAGGGCAGCUUUGCAGUUGACCUUUUAAUGUAGAGUUUAAAACAAAUAGUUCUGUACACUGAAUGUGGCUGAAGGAAGUUAGGGAAGUUAUAACGAAGUGAGUCCAGAGUUAAGCACAAGAAAACGAACAGUUUACAAACCUUAUGGGGGACAGCUUCUCACCCUUUGUUUCCUCUCUUCAUCCAUUGUGAAUUUAGGCUUCAAGUUGCAUUUGGGAUUUUCUCUGUACAGCAAGAUGUUUCUUGCCUUUUGUUAAUGCAUUGUUGUAAAGUAUUUGAUGUACAUUACAGAUUUAAAAACCAGAGAGAGAGAGCAAAGUGCAUUGUGUAUAUUACAUCAAUGCCACGGUGUUUCUUCAUCUGUGGUUCUAAAUAUUGCUUCAAUUACACAACUUUGAGAUAUGUAUGAAUUUCCAGGGGUAGGGGAGGGGGUUUUUUUCUUUUUUUCUUUUCCUUUUCCUUUUUUCUUUUCCCCAGUAUGUUUUAACAGGAAAAAACAAAAACUGAUAUUUAGCAGUAUUGUUCGUUCUGAUAUGUGAAUUUGUUUGUGGCAACUAAAAAAAAAAAGGCAUUCAGCAGUUUCUGACAAUUAACAUUCACCAUUCCACACUCCUUGUCAACAAAGUGCUUUUUCACUGCCUAAAAUUUUAGAUGUAGAUAUUUGAAAUAGAUUUUUUUUCAUUUAUACCAGUUUUCUUUAUGAUGAUACAGUGUUAAAAGAAAAUAAAUUACAAUUGAUCUGUCAUCCAUAUUUGCUAAGAAUGUCUAUUUCCCAAGAUCCUUAAUCAAAAUAUACAUUCUUGCUCAUGUAUGUACGUAUGUGUGUGUCUGUCCUCAAAACAUGUGCAUACUAUUUUGUGUGUAUGUUUGUGCAGCAUAAAAUUGUGUUCCAUCACGGUGUUGCCAGACAUAAUAGAAUUAUGUUUUGUGUAUAAGAAUCUGGUGGCCUUCAGAUGAAAUAUGUUUUGCACGCUCAUACACAAAAAGAGACAGGUGUAUAGGCUUGUGUAGCAAUACAUUUGGGUAUUGUUUUUGUUGUGUUCCUGCUUUGAAAGGAAGGCAGUAUUGUAGACGUUUCUAAUAUGUCAAGCCAAAAUGUUGCAUGGGAGAGGCUGUUUUGCACUAGUAGGGUUGCUUCCCCAAUCUGAUAGGGAAGAGAUCUAUGCUUUGCUGACACUUCUAGCAAGGAAAGCAAAGUAUAGUGCGAAGACAGAAGAGGCUAUGUAACUUUCAUUAUUACAGCAGCCCCCUAAGUGAAAAAUAAGAUCUGGAACAUUGAGAUGCUCAACUGGCACCAAAGCAAAUCAGUCCAGAAGAAGAGUAAACAAAUUUCCUAGAGACAUUAGAACAUGGUGAUGGGUUCCAAUUUGUAUCCUAAUCCACCCAUCCCCAAAUAAUAUAGAAAACACCAAAUAUUCCUUAAUUUUAAACACAUAUCUAAGCAAACUUAACAGAUGGGAAGAAACCUGGUCUAUAUGUGAAAAACAUUGGUAAGUAUAAGCAAUCCUUCGUAGCACUUCAGAGGGUAUUGUAGUCAUUCUCUUUCACCCUGUGGGGGUGCAACACAUCACUCUCAUGUGUGAAGUCUACAGCCAAGUACUUCAACAUCUGACACAAGCAAUAAUUUAGGUGCAGCAUUGCAUAUGAAAAAUAACGAUAAUCUCUGAUUAGCCAAAUCAUUUGAGACAGACCGGAAAACAGUAGGAGAAUCAGAUGUUCAGCUACCCAACUAUUGUGAAGUUAAAAUAGAAUUCAGUUAACACAUGCUGCAAAAUUAAUCUGAAUUAUUUUAAUAUCUGGUAAUUGAUGGUCAAGUGAUAGCACUACAGAAAGGAACUCUUUUGAGAAUGCCAUUUAUCUAGGCUUCAGGCUAAAUUUUAUUUUAAGAAACAAAGGCAUUUUUAAAUCUAUGGUCAUAGGUUUAAAAAGAUUGUCAGCUUUGGUAAUCUUUUACCUUUAAGUGACUAAAUAUUUCUGAGUUGUCAACUCAGAGCAGAUACAACAGAAACAAAGACAUGUCUUGUAUCAUAAACAGGAUUUAGUAGUCUUUAAGAAAAUAACAAAUUACUGAAUUAAAAUUUGAAUCUUAGCAUAUGGUACAUUCCUACAUUUGGUAGUAUUUUAUGUAAUAGUCAUGCAGAUAUUUGUUUUAAAUAAAGGGGUGGUUGGAGCCCAGAUGCUCUAUUUGUUGCCUGCUUAAAAUCUUGCAAGAACUGGGCAGCAAAUAUUACACUCACAGCAAGUGAUGUGAGUUCCCUAAUUCCAUAGCACCCUCCAUUUCUGCUAGACGACUUCUCACCCUGAAGUCUCCCAGGAGAACUUCAGAAAUUAUCACAAAUGUUGCACAAGCAAUUGUGUUAGUUGAACCGUUGACCACUGAUCCUUUUCCAAUCUAUUGUGUCUGUCCCAUUACUAAUAUACUGUAUAACCAAAAGUCACCAAUGUGACAGGAAUGAUUUUGGAAACUUGACUGGUGUUUUUUUUUCCUCCAGUGAGAAUACUGUCCCACAAACAGUUUGAAGUAUGAAAUGUUUUCCUGAAUAAUGGUUUGGGUUAGAGAGAGGGAUGAAUAACCAAGACUGUGCUCUCAAUUUGCAAAGGGUGAGAGCUAGACCAAAAUAGUCCGUCCACUACCUCUCAUGAACAAGUGCAGGUCAUUGUAGAAACCACUUGCAGUAUCCCAGGGUUUUGUCCAAUCAUUGAUGCUCAAAAACCUUUGCAGUAAAAUCUGUGAACAGUUGAGAAGGUAGUAUUUUUUUAAUGUAUUUCUCUGUCUUCUCCAAUCUUAUUGCUAUAACAACAGGUGUGUGAGGUAGAUUGGGAUAAGAGAGAAAAUGAUUGGUCAUAGGUCAUACCAGUGAGUUUCCAUCAUUAAGAAUGGAUGUUAGAAGCAGAUCCAAGCUCAAUCUUUCCAGUCUUAAUCCUAUAAUUCAACUACUCCAUUACAUUUUGUCUUUAUUUGAAAGGAUAUAAUAAUUGAAGAAGGCUUGAUAAGGCUUUUCCCUAUAACCAAAGGCUUGGUGUAGGGCCAGAGAUUCAAAGAUAGGAAUCAUCAUCAGGCAUAGUGAAAAAACAAAAAAAAUUAAGAUCUGAAUACAAAGUGAGCUAGCCUCAAGUGCAGACUGGGAAAAAAGUCUGAAAGAGGUGUACGACAAACCAUAUACAGGAGAUCAUUAAACAAAUUGUUAACAAAAAUUAAUGGCUAAACUCAUGAAUAACACUAAACCAGCAGGUCUUUUAAGCAUGGUUUGUUGAUCUAUUUUUUUUUUUUUUUUUUUGAUGCUGCAGGGCUCACGAUGUGUUUGUGUGAGGUUGUGGGGGGGAUUUCCUGUGUAUGGGUUAUUUUUGUUGGGUUUUAUGUGUGAGAGAUUCUUUAAUAGUUUAGAAGUCUUGUGCAUUUUUAUCAGUUUGUUUCACUUUUGUGAGGUAUUUUGGUGUAGAGUGUAUGUUUGGAGGAUUUUUGUGGUGUGAUUUUGUCUGUGUGUAUGUGUGAGCAUUUAUGGAUAUUCAUUCGAAAGGGUUUUAGGAGUCAGAUAGGUGUUCUUGCCUUGCCCUUUUGUUCAUUGGACAGAUAAAGUAGAAGCAGCAAUGUACGAAUAAGCCGGGAUUCUGGGCUCAGAAUCGGUAAUCAACAAGCCUUGAUUAAAAUGAACCAUGGUGUUUCACAUUGCGCUUAGUUGCCAUAUAAGCCAUGGGUUGCUGCUUGGGUUGAGUUCAGAUGUUCAAAUAAUUUAAAAAUAAGCAAAAAGAAUCCUAGCUUAGCUUAUUGUUAUGGGCAAAUCCUAAUUUCCAAUAUGUGUAUAAAUUGGGAUUACUCAAGAGAAAAUUGUAAAUGUUUAAAAAAGGUAAGUUUUGCAAAAGGCAUAAAUCAGACUGGCACUUGAACCAGAUAGCAUUUAAGAUAGAUUUGUAUUUUCUGAUUUUUCUGUCUAAACGUUUUUAAAGCUUUAUUGCAUUUGAUUACCCACUCCUACUUAUUUUUGUCCUGCAGUAGCAAAUAUAUGUACAGAAGGACUUUCAGCAUGGAAUUUUAGGAUUCCAAUGAAUUGCCAAAACCAUGUUCUACGUGGGCAAAGCCAGUCCUUCCCUCCUACCUACCCAUCGUGUAGCCAAUUUAGGUUUUGCUUUGUGCUCUUUUUCAAAAGGAAGAAAUGUUACCAAAUAGCUUCAUUUUCUUCAGUCAAGUAGUAGCUCCUAAAAAAGAGGGAUUUAAAAAUGUAUAAAAUGUAUUUGCUGUACUGUAAAAAUGUUUGGUUUUUAAAGCAAACCAUAUUAGAUUCUUGAUCACUUGUGUAGAUCUCAAUAUAAAAAUUCAUUGUUUUACUAAGAUGCUAUUUAUGAUCAAAAAGAAAUGGCUUCACUAUUAUAAUACUAUCAAAACUGCACUAUCAGAAGCAAUAUUAAGUUUAAAAAGUGGACAUUUCAAGAAUAAAAUAUUACUUAAACCAUAUUAACAUUGAAACUAUGUUUUGGUGAUGUACAAAUUCCCAAAAGUUAAAUAAAUGUUGCCAGGGAAAAUAGCAAAAGGAUUAAAAUAAUACAAUAAGAAUCAACAGAAAACACUGUUUCAAUGUACGUGUUUCUAGCAUGUACUGAGAUUUUCUAUCAAUAAAUCCUGACAUACUGUGGA